AUGAAACAGAUUAUUUCAUUAUGGUGUAUGAAAGUAUGUAUCGUUUAGUGAUGAAAAGUAUUCAGCGAUGUUACAAUUGACGAUGGCGAUUAAUUUUUAUAAUUUUUAUUCUGACAGAAAUUAAAAACAUUUUUAUACAAAUAAAUAAUCAAAAUUUGACAUAAAGAUUGUUUGCCAUGUAAAAAUAGUUAUACAUCAUAUUUUAUUGUGAGAAACAAACAUUGGGUUGAAUAUUGAUAUGAACUUAACCUGCUUAAAAAUUGAAUAUUCGGCAAAAUAAAACAUUGUAUAAAUAGAAUUUUGAAAAAAAAUGGAUUCCUGGAUGGAUUCAGAUCUGUAUGAAUUAAUUGGUGUGGAAAGAACAGCUUCCACUCAAGAGAUUAAGAAGGGAUAUCGUAAGAAAGCUCUGUCUUGUCAUCCUGACAAAAAUCCAAAUAAUCCAAAAGCAACUGAAUUAUUUCACAAGUUGUCACGAGCAUUGGAAAUUCUCACUGAUACAUCUGCUCGGGCAGCUUAUGACAAAGUUGUUAAUGCCAAAUAUCAAGCAAAAUUACGCGCUAAAGAAUUUGAUUCAAAACGUAAAAAGUUAAAAGAAGAUUUGGAAGCACGAGAAAAUGCUUACAAAGAGUCUUUGAAUACAGAUUCUAACUUUAAAAGCGACAAAGACAAAUUACAGGCUGAAAUAGAACGAUUGCAAAAAGAGGGAUCAAGACAACUGCAAGAAGAAAUAGCACUUAUGAAAAAACGCUUUGAAAAGCAAUCAAAUGCAUUUUGCAGUGAAUCAGAAAUUAAUAGCGAUUGUUACAGAUUAAAAGUAAAAUGGAAAUCUUGUAAAAGUCAAACUAGUAACGAUGAAUAUGAUUAUCAUACGUUACAUCAAAUUUUCUCAAAGUAUGGAAAAAUAAUUGCCCUUGUAAUUUCUACCAGUAAAAAGGGCAGAGCAGUAAUAGAAUAUCAAAAACGAAAUGACGCAGAAAUGGCACUAAGUUGUGAAGUUGGUUUAGUACAGAAUCCGCUCAAGCUUCAACAAUUGUGGAAAGAAGAGAAAAAAUCAAAUAUUUGUACCACAGGAACUGUUUGCAAUGAUAUUACUUGUACAAAGCAUAUGGUAAAUCAAACCACGUUGGAUAUUGAACAAUUUGAACACUCUGUAUUGAGUAAUUUAAAAAAAGCUGAAGAAAGAAAAAGAUCCUCAGGAAAGACGAACGUAACGGAAAGUACUUGAUUAAAUAUUUAUAUAUUGAUUAUAUUACUGUUGAGUGUUUAUUAUGCAAAUUGCUACAAUAUACAUCUGAAUACCAAAAUUAUAUAAUCAUAGGC